GCGGUUUUAAGGCUGACUUUCCCAAGAACGACACACUCUUCUAUUCUAGGAAACAACCAACAGAACAAGAGGCCGCUGAAGUCAAAACUUCUCUGCGAAUGUCUGCACACGGUGAUGUGUGAGAGAAAGAAAAUCUGUGAAGUUUGAACAAGCAGCCUUCCCAAGAUGUACCAAAUAUCUCAACUGAUGUCAACACCAGUGGCAAGUUCUUCCAGGUCCCAGAUAGAACGCGCUGGAGAGCUGUCUUCCACCUGCAUCUUCCCAAGUUUUGCCUGUGAUUUCCUGCACGGUGAUGCUUCCUUUGACUGCUGCUCCAUAGAUCCCCUGACGGGACUGCCCUGUCGCCGAAGUCCCAGGCUCCUCACCAAUGGCUACUACCUUUGGACAGAAGACAGUUUCCUCUGCGACAAAGAUGGCAAUGUAACUCUGAGCCCAUCCCAGACCAGUGUGAUGUACAAGGAGAACUUAGUUAGACUCCCAUUUGCUGAGCCUGAGCAAUUCUGUUGUUUCAGAUGGUUUCUGGGAGGAAUGUUAGCCGGUGUCUUCACAUGCUCCUUGAUGAUAACUAUAGCUUAUCUUGUCAAGUCACUGUGUCUCAGCCUUGCCAGCUAUUUCAAAGCCACUGCGGGUGCUUGGUUUGAUAAGAUUUGACAAGCAUCAAGAGUGCCUCUGAUGAAUGUCUUCAAUCUGAAUAUACCCGAAAAUUGUCCAAUUUGCAGCCUGCUUGGAACAACUGCUUUAUUGGAAGGGAGUGAGCGACUGGAUACUUGAGAAAACACAUUUUAAUUCAGUUUUUAAAAAAAUCCCAGUUUUGCCCUCAUAAUUGUAAUAUGCUCAUAACAAUAAUAUCAAUUCAUCUUUCCUUUGCAAACGUUAGCAGUUGAAAGGGAAAGGACUGUGAUAUGUGCCAGAGAACAAACCACCUGGGUAAAUGCUGCCCUAUUAUCUCUAAGGCAGUGGUUCCCAAACAUCAAUUUUCAUUAGAGAAUUAUAAGGGGAGCAAAUAACAGGCAGAUCCCUGGGCCUGCCGACAUGGACCUGUCCUUUGCUGAAAUGCUUUAAUUGAAUGACAAAAGCAAGUUUGUUUUAUUUUUUAUUAACUAAUUGCAUCUUGAAAGUAAAUAAAUGCAGUUCAUACUUAAAAUAUAAUGUAGAAAAAGUCAUCAUUUCUCCCAAAGGAGUGGGUCAGUAUUUGGUGGUGAUGGUAGAUGAUGGUUGAUGGAAAAUGGGCAGGAGACUGCCAUUUGUUGAAGGUAUAUUCUCUUGAACCAUUUUUUUUAAACCAAGUUUUCAACCUUCUUAGUGAAUUGUAAUUCACUAAAAUUGCAAUUAAAAUAAAGAUAUAACAGAAAAAAAAUGCCUUAAGGGCAAAAUAAAGGCAAAACACGAGAGUGCGUUGAAACACGUAAAAAUGGCGCUGCUGCUUCACAGACCGAAGGCUUGUAUAAGGUGCUCCGUCUUCAUCUCUCUCACCUGGGAUAGGUUCCCGAAUGUGUCUUCCAAUUUAGAUUUGUGCGAUAUGAUAUUCUCUGU